CUGAUAAAAACCCUAAACCCUAACCCCCUAAAAUGCGAGCUUCUCUUCCUCUCUAAAUUCACCGCCGAUUCCAACUGCCUUAGAGAGAGAGAGAGAGUUUCUGAGGGUUCCGUCUAUAAAGCUCAAACCUUUACCGCCUCACCUUCACAGUUCUCGAUGGCGGUUUACCUGCUCUACGAAGCAGCUUCCGGUUACUCUCUGUUCCUAGCUCACGGCCUCGACCAAAUCGGCCAGAACACCGAGGCGGUUAGGAGCUCCGUUUCGGACCUGAACCGUUUCGGGAAGGUGGUCCAGCUCGCGGCUUUUCACCCAUUUGAGCAGGCCCUCGAUGCCCUUAACCAGUGCAACUCAGUCUCCGAAGGGAUUAUGACUGAUGAGUUGAGGAACUUUUUGGAACUUAAUCUCCCAAAAGUAAAGGAAGGCAAGAAGCCAAAGUUCAGUUUGGGUGUAUAUGAACCCAAGCUCGGGUCUCACAUAUUUGAAGUGACUAAAAUCCCCUGCCAAAGCAAUGAGUUUGUUCUUGAGCUACUUCGUGGAGUUCGGCUUCAUUUUGAUAGGUUUAUCAAGGACCUAAAGCCCGGGGACUUAGAGAAAGCCCAGCUUGGUCUCAGCCACAGUUACAGCAGGUCCAAGGUCAAGUUUAAUGUUAACCGUGUUGACAAUAUGGUGAUUCAAGCAAUCUUCCUUUUAGAUACCCUCGAUAAGGAUGUGAAUUCUUUCUCAAUGAGAGUCAGAGAAUGGUACUCUUGGCAUUUUCCUGAAUUGGUGAAGAUUGUCAAUGACAAUUAUCUCUAUGCUAAACUUGCAAAAACUAUAAGAGAUAAGUCAACUUUGUCUGAAGACAACCUCGAAGAAUUAACUGAUAUUGUUGGGGAUGAAGAUAAGGCAAAGGAGAUCAUUGAAGCUGCCAAAGCAUCCAUGGGGCAGGAUUUGUCUGAUGUUGAUUUGCUUAAUGUUCAACAAUUUGCACAAAAAGUGAUGAACCUUUCUGAGUAUAGGAAAAAACUGUAUGACUAUCUGGUCACUAAGAUGAAUGAUAUUGCACCCAAUUUGGCCUCUUUAAUCGGGGAAGUAGUUGGAGCACGUUUAAUUUCUCAUGCGGGUAGUCUUACAAACUUGGCUAAAUGCCCUUCUUCUACCCUUCAGAUCCUUGGUGCCGAGAAGGCCCUGUUCAGAGCCUUGAAAACCAAGGGAAACACACCCAAGUAUGGACUGAUAUUCCAUUCAUCUUUUAUUGGUCGCGCAUCUGCCCGGAACAAGGGCCGAAUGGCUCGUUAUCUUGCAAACAAGUGUUCUAUUGCUUCUCGCAUUGACUGCUUUGCAGAUAAUAGCACUACUGCUUUUGGGGAGAAACUCCGCGAACAAGUUGAGGAGCGUCUUGACUUUUAUGACAAGGGUGUUGCACCUCGUAAAAACAUUGAUGUGAUGAAAUCUGCGAUGGAGAGUACUCAAAGCAAAGAUACAGAUAUGGAAACAGAAGAAGUGACUAUUGAAGCUUCAGAAAAGAAAAGCAAGAAGAAAUCAAAGAGUGCAGCUACAGAGAAUGGUGAUGUGGAUGAACCAGCUACAAAUGGAGAUGCUGCUGAGGGUAAAUCUGAAAAGAAGAAGAAGAAGAAGGACAAGAGGAAAUUGGAUGAGGAAGAUGAAGAGAUGGAGGAUGCAAACAAUGGACAUGCUGAGGAGGAUGGAACAGGCAAGAAGAAGAAGAAGAAGAAGAAAAGUAAACACGGAGAGGCUGAUGGAGCUGAUUUGGCCAGUGAUGUUAAGAAGAAGAAAAAGAAGAAAUCUAAAAGUGAAGACUCCGAUUAGAUUUAUUGGUGGAGCUCAAGUCUCGUGUGGAUAUUAAUCUGGUGUAUUCCUCUAUCCGGUUUUGAUGUCAACUGUUUCGUAGUUGUAGAAAUGGCCCCUUGCUUUCUUAUGUUAUCAGUCUAGCAAUGUCAAAUACACUAGUAGUGACUUUUCAAGUCGCUGCCUUUUAUGUUAGUUUUGAAAUUGUGAUGAACACCAUAGGUAUCUUGCAGAUUUUGGUUAUGGUAAUGAUACUAGGAUCAUAUUUAUAA